UCUUUCACAUUCAAUAGUAAUUAUAAACUACAAAAGAAAUGGUACUAUCAUUAAGAAGUUAAAUUAAGAAGUUAAUUAAUCUCUCUCUAUCUCUCUCUCUCGUUGCAGUUGCAGUGUUGCAGGAAAGUACCAAACGAAUCGAAACAAAAAAAACGACACAAAAACAACCAACCCAGUUCGGUGCGCGUGGGCCCUAUUUUAUCUCCCUCUCUUAACGACCCCCCCACUUUCCUCUCGUCAUUCACCGACGCCUAACAAACACACAUACAUACAAUCAAUUCAAUUCAAGUCGUCCAACUAACUCCACCACCAUGACGACGACGGCUAUCACGGCGGCGGAACCCGACCUAAAAACAUACUGGUGCCACGAAUGCGACAUGAGCGUCUCUCUAACUUCUUCCUCAACUCCUUCACCUCUCCUCUGUCCUCAUUGUCACACUCACUUCCUCGAACUCAUGGACUCACCUUUCUCCCAAAACGACGCCGAAUCAACUACUUCCUUAUUCGAUUUCCAAGACGCACUUUUACUACUCACACCUCCUUCAACCAAACAACGCAAUGAAAUACUAAUCCCUAUAAUAACCGUCACGCAAACUCUUCUUACUCUUCUCGAUCCAAACGGUGUCGUUUUAUGUGCAGUUUGUAAAGAAGCGAUUUAUGUCGAUGAAGAAGCGAAACAGCUUCCUUGUGAUCAUCUUUAUCAUAACGAUUGUAUUACUCCGUGGCUUCUUCUUCGAUCUUCUUGUCCUCUCUGUCGGUUCCGAAUCACGGAGCACGAAGUGGAUGAGAAUGAUGAAGAUGAUGAUGUCAUGAUGAGGCAGAUGGUUUUGCGGUUGUCGGAGUUGUCUGAGGAUGAUUUUUAUGGAUUGAGAAUUACUCUUGAUCACAUUGCUUCGAGGCAUGCUCUGCUUCAUUCUAAUGCUUCUGGUGCUGCUCAGAAUCUGGAUGCAGAUAGUGAACUUAGUGCUGGUGGUGUAGAUGGUGAAUCUUGAUGCUGAAAUUCUUUGCGGUAUAUAGUGUACUAAAAGAAUAUUGAAGUUGUAUCAUCAUUGAUCGUCUUAUCAAGUGUAAAUCUACACCGACGAUUCUUCUUCUUCUGUUUUUCCCUUCUUUUUUGGGGAACUCCAACUAGCUAGUUUUAGUGUUAUAGCCAAAAAAUACAAUAAAUUGAUGGAAUGCACAAAUAUCAUGCAUUUCUUUUCCCCCUCAUCCACUCUCUGUAUGAUGGUCCUUGGUUUCUCUUAAACCAAAUUCCUCUCUUAGUGAAUAAAAUCAUUGUAGAAUUCAGCUCUCAUUUAUGUCAUGUCUGUAUUGCUGAAGUGGAUUUUUUUCCACUGAAACAUUUCAUUCGCGGUUUAUUAUUUCUUGCCACCAUGGCUGUAGUUAGGGGAUGAGAUUGUCGAGUGAUUGUACCAUUUAAGUGUUGAUGUGUAACAUGGAAGGGCCUUAAAAUACGCUGUUGGGUUGGGUCUAAGUACAGUUCUAAUGAUCUGUUCUAUAUCAUUUGAGUGUUGCUGUACUGUGUAACGUGGAAGAGCCUUCAAAUAUAUAUAUUUUGGUCUGAGUUGUGUUCUGAA